ACUGUUCAUGGCUCAAAGUGCUGAGAAGAACGGUGCACAAGAAGAAGCUAUCAAAACAGAGCAUAUCAACGGUACGCAGUCCAUUCUCAAGGCUUUUGCUUUUUCUCUCAACUACCAGUGGCAUAAUGCUUUCAAUCCCCUUCAAUGCUCCGUCCGAUUCCUCUUCACUGUCGUUCACCUACCCACCAACCAGAAAGAUAUCAAAACAGAGCACAGCAGUUGAUGAAAGCAAACCCAGUAGGCAGAACCAAAAGAAAAGAUCCCCUCUGUUCAACAAACGCUCGAGCUCACCUUCUCUCCACUUGGGUCAUCGUCGCCGCCACUCCCCAUCUCUGCAUUCACCGGCAUGUCCCGAUGCAAAAACCUUUAAAACGCAUGGUUUGCCGAAUCGUGAGCUCCUAAACAUCAUGUUUGGAGGCACGGUUGCAACGGGAAAAAAUGCAUUCUGCACGAGUGGUCCAAUACCAACGGAAACCACCGAAGGGUCUGGGGACUCCGCUAAUAGUAUAGAAUUUGUUGACCCCCAAUGUGAACCCGUUGUGAAUAUUGAUGCAAUGGAGGUUGAAGUUCCAUCAUCGUCGAGGGCAGGACCAGCAGUGAAUAAGGGGAAAAGCCUGGCAACUAGUGUCCACAUUUUCAAGCCAAUUUGCAAGAAACCAAAAAAAAAACGUUCAGCUGCGCAAGAGAUGUCGGACUCUUUGAAGAGUAUCUCAAAUGUUAUUGUUGAAAGAUCUAAUCUAAGUGCCUGUACACCAUCUGCUCCCACAGCAACGGCUCAGGUUAAAGAAAUUUUGGACAUGGUGUUGAGUCUUCCCGGGGUGUACUCGGGUCAUUACCUUCAUUUGUUUAGCACCAUCUACUUCAUGGAAAAAGAGCCAGGUAGACACAUGUUUGCAGCACUUUCCGAUAACAAAGACAUCCAGCUGAAGUGGCUAGAAAAAGAGUACCAAAGGCACCCUGAUUAUCAUUUUUCGUGAAGGAACAAUAGAUUGUCUCGAUAGGGUUGUGUAGGUUUGGUGUAGUAAUCAAACUUUCAGUAUUGUACCUAUUGCACUAUUAUCUUUUUUUUUAUUGGUAGAAACUAAUGCUUGUUAUGAGUGUGUAUGUAAGACAAUGCUCAUCAUUCCUAUGUGUUUGAGCUAUAUUUAUAUAUGUUUGUCCAAUGCUUCUUUUAUCUGAA